AGACAGCAUGCUCAGCUAAUCGUGAGCUUGAAUUGCAACAAAUUGCACUUGAGACUGCAGUGCAGAAGGAAGGCACUUGAGCUCCAGAGCAGGUGGGCUCCUGAUGUGCUUCUAAAUGCUGAAACUUAUCAAAAACCUACUGUUGAACAUAGCACUUUCACUGCAAAAAUACUGAGGGCGAGGUCCCAUCCUUAUGGUAAAACCAAAAGCCCAUCUGCUGGAGCAGUAAAAAAAUCCUCAACAAUGAAUCCUUUCAGCAUGAAGAUCCCUUGAACAAAGGAUUAGAAGCUGAUGCUGUUCUUGAUAGCAUCUGAGGCAGUAUCCAUUAUGUGUCAUGUGGUAUGCUGUGUGGUGCUGCCUUACCUGUAAUGAAAGAUGGUUUUGUGUAUAAUGGGGAGGAGAGAAAUAAUGGUGAGGGCAACACAGUCCUAGCAGUUUAACAACUAUAAAAGGAAAUGCUGUUGCAAAGGGAGUGGAAUGGAACUUGUGUCCCCUUAACAACUAUAAAAAGGUCCAAAUUUAACCAUCAUACUGUAAAAAAGAGAUCUCUGUGUAUGAUGCAUAAGAAAUUUUUUAUGGUUAAAUUUCUGUAUAAAAUUAUAAAAUCCCCAGAACUUCGAGCAAAAGGCAGAACCUGCAAAUCAAGAAAAAUCAAGUCAAGGCAGGUGGAGAAAGUUACAAGGGAACAUCAAGAGACUCUCCAGCGGGACAUUGAAGGUGGAUUGUGUAAUUGGCUUUCCUACUGGAAAUUUAAAAGUUACUGUUUUUGGAACCAGUACAGCUUAUCAGAUAUGAACAGUAAUACGCCUGAAUCUUUAGGCGAGGAGAAUGAAGUAUGUGCAUCUGAGAUCUGCUGUACACAGGAUGUGUUACCGUGCACUGAGCUGUGUUCUGAGGACUCAGAAUCCAAAGGUCAGGAUGGCGGUGCUGACACUGUCCAGCCAGAACUGCAUGCUAAAGCUUCUCUGGAGGCGGAGACCUUGCACGAAGCUCUGGCAGAGGAUCAUUGCUCUGACCUUUUCAUCUCUGUGACAGAAAAAGAAAUUGCUAUUUCAGGUCAAGAUGAUGAGGAAUCUAAUCAGGUUAUGAGUGUAGAUGAAAUGAUACUGUUACAAUCCUCCUUGCAGAAUUCUGAUGUGAAUGAUAAUUUUGCAAAUGGACCUUUAUCCAUGGAGCUGGCACAAAGUGAGGAUAGCUCUAGCCAAAUGGAAGUAGAAGGCUCUAUAAACCUGGACAUUUUUAGUGCAAAGUUACUAGAUCAUCCUUACUGUAAAAGUCCUCUUGAGGAGCCUUCACCAGAAAGCACAGGACUAAAAUCAGGAACUCGGAAGGGAGGCAAAAGGAACAGUCAGAAAGCAUCUCGGGUGGCUGACGAGCAGUUGACAACGUGGCUUUGUGGAUUCCUAGAUGAAGUUAUGAAGAAAUAUGGCAGUUUAGUCCCACUCUGUGAAAAAGAUGUCUUGGGAAGACUAAAAGAAGUCUUUAAUGAAGAUUUCUCCCAUAGAAAACCUUUUAUCACCAGGGAAAUCAUGAAGUAUCGGGAAAAACAUCCAAAAUCCUCUACUUGCAAUUUCCGGGUCUUCUAUAAUAAGCACAUGCUAGAUAUGGACGAUUUAGCUACACUGGAAGGCCAGAACUGGCUGAAUGACCAGAUAAUUAACAUGUAUGGUGAACUCAUAAUGGAUGCAGUCCCUGAAAAGGUUCAUUUCUUUAACAGCUUUUUUCAUAGGCAGCUCGUAACCAAAGGAUAUAAUGGGGUAAAACGAUGGACUAAAAAGGUGGACUUUUUCAAAAAGGUUCUUUUGUUGAUUCCUAUUCAUCUGGAAGUCCACUGGUCCCUCAUUACUGUGAACAUCCCCAAUCGAAUUAUUUCAUUUUAUGAUUCCCAAGGCAUUCAUUUUAAGUUUUGUGUAGAGAACAUUAGAAAGUAUCUGCUGACUGAAGCAAAAGAGAAGAAUCGCCCUGAGUUUCUUCAGGGUUGGCAGACUGCUGUGACAAAGUGCAUUCCACAACAGAAAAAUGACAGUGACUGUGGAGUUUUUGUGCUCCAGCCUUUUCCUUUCCCUCAGUACUGCAAGUGCCUCGCCUUAGACCAGCCUUUUCAGUUCUCCCAGGAAGAUAUGCCCCGAGUGAGAAAAAGGAUUUACAAGGAGCUAUGUGAAUGCCAGCUAAUAGACUAAUAAAAUACAGCCAACCAAUUUCUCUAGUAUUCCUGACAAGUUGCAGCUGGUGUUUGUGUACUUGAAUUUCUGAAAACUUCCGUGAAUUUUGAGCGACUCUCAGCUGAGUGGUGUGGCCACUGUUGUUACCUCAACUUUUUCUGACAAGCUCUUUACCUGGCAGAAUAUAACAGAGCUGCCACAAAAAUAUUUCUAAUGUCUGUUUUAUUCUCUUACAUUCUUUCCUGUAUUUAAUAUUUAUUAUCUAAGCAUGCACAUAGGCAAAGCAUGCAACGAAAAACAUAAAAUUGUAGAUUUGGUGCACCUUUGAAACGUAGCUAGAAAUGACAAAUACAGGUAAAUUUGUCUGGAAACAUAAAGAUGCAUGAUCUGUUUUCUGAUGCAAUAAUGCUUUGAAUGUAUCAAAAAAAAGUCAAUGCCGUAAAGAGAACAGCUAGAAGCUAUUUGAUUAUUCCAUUUUUCCCCAUUAUGGCUGUAGAAUACUGAAUUGACUCUCUUCUGGGGUGGCAAAUUCAUCUACAGAUUUGAUUUGUGGAGACUUUUUUUAAUAGGUCAAGUUGCUAAUAAAAAGUUUAUUCUGUUUACAUUUAUCCAGCUGUCAUUAUCAGCCUGUCUAUAUAGAUAAAAAGCAGCCUUUGCACAAAUAAAGCUUCAGCACUUGUCUGUAUAAUAAAAAGUACAGAGAUGUUCAGCCAGUCUGAUAGUAUAUUCCUGCGUGCUGCAGAAGUUUCCGUGAUGUGCAUAUUAAGGGCAUUAUAAAGCUGGUCCUGAAGUGUCAGUUUAGAUGCCAGGGUAAAAUCCUUGGCUGUAACGGUUUAAAUCUCAAAUGGCAUUGAAUCACUUUCAGUUCCAUGAUAUUAAUUGAAAUGUACCAUUUCAACAUCGUUCACUUCAGUUCUGUCUUCAAAUCAAUUCUCUUACAACUUACUGUCUUUACCAUUGGCUUUUGCCUUUGGUCAAAUAUAAUUUGAUUCAUUUCUGCUGCAUUUGCUGUUUGAUUGUCUCAAGCAUCUCUAGUUUUUUUUCUGUUCAGUAACACUCAUGGAUUUAUUUGGGAAUAACAGCACUUGUGGUGGGUGCUGUAGAAACUCAAUAAAAUGGUGUCUUGCUCCAGAGAGGCUAAAGCCUGCAGGUUCAUUACUGAACUUUGCACAGGGCUGUGGAUCUUUGCUCUGUAAACUAUGAUGUGCUUGUUCCUGAAGAGAGCUUGUUUUGUUUGAAGGGACCGUUGUAUGUGACAGCUACACCAACAAAUGUCUUUAGUUGUGUUUCUCUGCCAGUUAAGUGACUGAGCACAUGGGAAAAUUUAUUUUCAAUCCUAAAUAUCAUCCAUUGCACUGCUUUACCUAGUGUCUGUCCGUAGCCUUGACUUCUGGUAGAGGAAACAGCCUUGGCUUCGUUGUAUCUUGCAAAUUGAUUCACGCUUGAGCCAAACUAGGUGCAAAUCCCUCUUAGAUUGCUGGAGGGAGCACAGUGAGGCUAGGAAAUGAAAGUGUGUGCACAAUGUAUUGUGCUGAAGUAGGAGGUCCUGCAGUUUCCUUAUGUGUUCCUACUUCCCCUUGUUGGCAGCUGGCAAGGACUGGCUUACCUUAGCAAGAUAAGGAGGCCCUUAAGCACUUGGUUAGAUAAUUUAAAUAGAGAACUUACUGAAUCAAUCUUAAAACCAGACUGGCCAAAUACAAAUUUGCUUAUUAUAUGAGGCAUAGGACCCCACAAUGCAUGGUUUCUAUGUAAUUCCUUCUCAGGGCCAGUGGCUGAGUGUUGAGGAGGGUGACUUCAGUGGAAAUUUAAACUGGGGAUGUAGUUUCUCAAGUGCUGAUUAGAGGACUGGAGCAUCUCUCUUAUGAGGAACAGCUGCAAGAGCUGGGCCUGUUUAGCCUGAAGAAGAGAAGGCUGAGAGGGGAUCUUAUCAAUGUCUAUAAAUACCUUAAGGAAGGAUGUCAAGAGAAUGGGACCAGACUUUUGUCUGUGUCCAGAGACACGACAGGAGGCUACAGGCGCAAACAGAAACACAGGCAUUUUCACCUGAAUAUAAGGAAAAACUUAUUUCCUGUAAGAGUGACAGAGCAGGUUGCCCAGAGAGAUUGUGGAGUCUCCUUUUCUGGAGAUAUUCAAAACCUGACUGGAUGUGAUCCUGUCCAGUGUGCUCUAGGUAACCCUGCUUGAGCAGGAGCGUUGGAUUAGAUGAUCUCCAGAGGUCCCCUUCCAACCUCAACCCUUCUGUGGUUCUGCGUUGCACUUCAGUAUCCAGUUGUGAACACAUCCAUGAGAGGCCUCUGAAAAGAGAGAGGGGAAAUUGAAAACAGCUAAAAUAAGCGAAGUAUGUUGGUGCAGGGUCAGAGGCAGGGAGAAUCUUAGUCUCUGUAAUGGUGUGUCUGAUGAAACUGGACCAAUUAACUCAUUCUUGAGAAUGUCUUUGCCUUAAAGGAGAUGGAUUCCAUAAUCUUAAAGCAUUCUUAAAGCAUUCAGAACUAUGUAGAGUUUUUAUUACAGGAGACACGUUUAUGUGGAUGCAGUUAUGGCUAUUAGCAAUUCCAUUAACAUAAUAUUCAGAAUUUCAUGAAUCACUCUAAACUGAUUUGGCUGAUGCUUACAUUUCAUGACUUGUUCUGAAGCAAUUGUUUAGCCAUGCUGAAUUAUACAAAUAGUCCCAGAACUGGUAAAGCCUCUGUCUCAUGCGUGACAUAUUUAAGCUACUUGAGUUGUAAUAAACCUUAAACACAAUUGAAAAUAAAUUAUUAGUUUCUAUUUUCUGUUUGCUUUAAACUAUAGUUUAAAAUGACUGUGCAGCUGAUAUAAAUCAAAGAAAUGCAAAACCUGGCUUUGACUCUGAAAGGUAGGUAGUGUCUAUUCCUAAGCCUUUAGAUACUUUGCAGAACGGAGGCUGGACCUUCAUGCUGUCUACUGUUGCUCUAUUCUUACCUGGCCCUUUUGAGUGUAAAGGUGAUAUUUGGAAUGUUUUAUUUGCACUGAUUAUCAGAGCUAAAGAGGCUUGCAAAGCAUUGCUGGCUUGUGUUGAAUCUCUAGCAUAAUGGUUAGCUUAUCUCUGUUUCCUCUGAGUUCUGAUUGGCAUUAUCUACUGUAGCAUUUGCUGAAGUUAAUGUGAAAACUUAAAUCUUGGGAAGUGAUGUGGACUUAACUCCUCCAAGCAACAGCUGUGUUUUGUGGGUGUGUUCUUGAAUCAAAUGAAGCCCAUGUUCCUGUAGUAAUAAACUGAGUAAUAAAACAGUUUCACC